UUGUUUACAAAUCCUGUUCAUGGAUUCACAGUCCCACCCAUGAAGUCUCGAUGCCAAGACCCCGCAAGACGGCAACAAGGUCCGGCCCUCCACUGCCACCUGGUGACGUUGCACUGGAGCCACCCGCCUCUGUCCUGGGCGAGAGGAAGCCGAAGGCAUGUGCAUCCUUAGGAGAAUGGCUGGAGAUUGGAGAGAUGCAGCAUCCAGAGGGCAGCACAGCGAGAAUUGGCCUCCAGAUGCUGAGAAGUGCAAGCUUGCCUCCGGGGUAUGGCUUUGAAUUUGAUCGUUUCUUGCGUCGGGUCGUGCUACGCCACGCUGCGGGUGUUGUCAUCCACGGGCAGCCAAUGCUGGUUUCCUGCGAUUGUGAUGAUGAAUUUGAUGCAGAGCUCCGGUAUCAUUAUUACACUUUCCACGAGUUUGGCCGAUUAGUGACAGGCCGACAGUUUGAUCCCUCGAUUUGGAGGCACCAACACACUUGCAAGCGCGAGCCCAGUGUCUUCAAGGGAGCACAGGACAUUGCUGAAUGGCUACGUGCUAACGACCUGAAAACAGGGCUGGGCUUUUGUGUGCCUUUGCGCCAAGCUCCGCCUUUAGGCAUCAGCUCGCAUCUCACCAGUUCGCCUUCUCAAUCUGAAGCCGAUGACGAACAGCUCUUCUCACCAGGAUCUCGGCCAUCACGGCAAUCUGCAACUUCUGGCGAGGAGACCAGUGCCGAUGAGAUCUCCGGUCAGAAGGAGCACCAUGAACUGCUCCAGGAACUACAUUGGCAGAGGGAUUCACCUUCGAAGGCGCAGGACAUUCCGUCGCAAGCGUUUCCCACAGCCAAGGAGUUUCUGAUGAGAACCAUGUUACAGUGGAAAUCCAUGACCAUUACAACAGACUUGCAAGAUGUUGGCUGGGUGCUUCCAUCAAGACACCUACGUGUUUGGGCAAAGAUCCCAGCACAAGGACGUUGGCUAAAGUUUGCCUUCGAGUCGCAGGUGAUUGGUGGAGGAGUCUCAGCCACAUUGCAGAGACAGGAGAGGCAAUGGAUAUUGGCUUCGAAGGAAGAGACUUCGAGGUCAGAACCUUUCCCAAAGGAUGUGACCGAGUGUUGGUUUGAGAUGAACCUUACAGAUGCCUCCAGCGAGCUUCGACUUGGGCAUGGUUUGAACACAGCUGGUCCUACAGUGGCCCGUGUGGCCGCAAGGGUAAUGGGAGAAAUCAGAGCAGCUUGAUUGAGGUUGAAGACUUCAUUCAAACUCCACACUGUAUAGCCUGGACAUUCAGCAGUAUACCAUUAAUUCUUAAAGUUCCUUAGGCUCGUGAGUGAACAGAAUCAAGCCCUUCACAGAUGUGACGCAGCCUACUCUGGCCACAUUUGUAGGCGCAGGUGGUGCCCCCAUGAGUGGCAGUUAUGGAACGAGUUGUUUUUCAGCUUGUGGCUUGUUCUUUGGCUACUUUUGGGGUUCCAAAUCCCAAGAAACCAGGGUCUGAGACAAAAUGGACAAAUUGCCACCAAGAAUGUGUCAAUCGUUUUCCAACACCUGCCAAAUACCUGGAAGACAUCAUUGGAUAUUACAGAAACAUGUUCGCCUGCCUGAACGUACACCCAAACGCUCACCGAGGUCUGUCUGCAGGCGGAUCAGAC